AUGGCCAGCGCCCACGUCGCAUCUCCUCCCCGGCAAGUGGCGUCCAUGCCACAGCUCCAGAAAAAACAUACAAAGGGCCUUCCAGCACUAAUCGCCGGCGCCUGUGCCGGAGCCACAGAAAUCACCAUCACGUAUCCAUUUGAGUCGGCCAAAACCCGAUCCCAGCUAAAACGGGGCGUCAGCGAAGAGGUACAGGCAACCCUCGCGUCGCGAUUGAAGGGCUGGUACGUCGGAUAUACUGCGUCAGUGACCGGAACCACGAUCAAAGCAGCCAUCCAAUUCGCUUCAUAUCAUUUGUAUUCCUCCGCUCUGGCUGGCCCAAAUGGGGAGAUGUCAGCCACUAAGACCCUAGUCGCUGGCUUUGCUGCAGGAGUCACUGAAUCAGUUCUGGCCGUGACUCCAUUUGAAUGCAUUAAAACCAAAAUGAUCCAUGCCAGAAGGCUGGGGAAUGCGCAGAUGAACACCGUGACGGGGGCUGUCCUGACGAUUCUCCGCGAGCAAGGUCCUCGGGGGUUUUUUGCGGCCGUCGUUCCUACCACGCUGCGCCAGUCUAGUAACGCUGCGGUCAAGUUUGGCGUGUAUAGUCAGCUUAUGCAGCGUGCAAAGAGAUCCGGCAAGGACGGAAAAGUGCAUCCCCUCGUGGCCGUCCUCAUCGGGUCAGUCAGUGGUCUCUGCUGUGCCUGCUCGACACAGCCGUUAGAUGUGGUGAAAACUAGAAUGCAGUCUAUCCAAGCUCAGCAUAUCUAUGGCAACGCGUUCAACUGCGUGCGGGUUAUCCUGCGUGAAGAGGGAAUUGCAGCGUUCUGGUCGGGUAUCUGGCAUCGACUGGGGAGAUUGUCAGUUGCAUCGGCGAUUAUGUUUCCAGUGUAA